AUGCGUAUAAACUACAGCGCCAAGUACGUAAACGGCACAGUUGCAACUUAUACAUCCAAGAACGCUGGAAGAAUCACCGACGCAGUCGGGGACAAGAUCUUUGCCAAUAUACAAACAUGGUCUGCUGGUAAAUAUACCGCUACUAGGAGAGAAGAACAUAGUGUGAUCACGGUCAAAAAUGUACUUCCGGCGAUGAAUAAAGGGAUAGGUAGUGAUCAAGUUAAGGAGAUGCAGAGCAUUGUUAACAAGAACAUCAAGUAG